AUGGCUGAGAACGCGAGCAACGCGGGGCCUGAACCUGGGUCGAGGGUCACCAUCGGUAUCACCUUUGGUAACUCGAACAGUUCCAUCGCCUACACUACGGACUCGAAAGCUGAGGUCAUUGCCGACGAGGCAGGUGACCGCCAGAUCCCCACUGUCCUCUCAUACAACGAUGGCGACGAGUACUACGGUGGCCAGGCAAAGGCCUUCCUCGUCCGCCAGCCCAAGAACACCAUCGCCUACUUCCGCGACUUCCUAGGCCAGGACUUCAAGUCCAUUGACCCCACCCACUGCCACGCCGCGGCGCACCCCGAGGACACAUCCGGCACCGUCUCGUUCAGCGUCAAGGACAAGGAGGAGGAAUCAUCCACGCUCUCCGUCUCCGAAGUCUCGACGCGCUUUAUGCGCCGCCUGGUCUCGGCUGCCUCCGAAUACCUCGGGAAGAAGGUCACAUCGGCCGUCAUCACCGUGCCCACCAGCUACACCGAGAAGCAGCGCGAGGCCCUCAUUAAGGCUGCCAACGACGCCGGGCUCGAGAUCCUCCAGCUGAUUGCAGACCCUGUUGCUGCGAUCCUGGCUUACGAUGCCCGGCCCGAGGCGGAGAUUUCCGACAAGAUCGUUGUGGUUGCCGACCUGGGCGGCACUCGCUCUGAUGUGACUGUCGUCGCUUCGCGCGGUGGCAUGUACACCAUCCUCGCCACCGCCCACGACUUUGACUUUGCCGGCGUCCACCUCGACAAUGCGCUCAUGGAGCACUUUGCCAAGGAGUUUAUGAAGAAGCACAACACUGACCCUCGCUCCAACCCCAAGUCGCUGGCCAAGUUGCGCCUGGAGGCCGAGGCCACCAAGAAGGCUCUGUCCCUGGGUAGCAACGCCCAGUUCAGCGUGGAGAGCUUGGCGGACGGCUACGACUUCUCUGUGUCGAUCAACAGGAUACGCUACGAGAUGGUCGGUCGCAAGGUCUUUGAGGGUUUCAACCGUCUCGUCGAGGGCGCCGUCAAGAAGGCCGGCCUCGACGUGCUUGACGUUGACGAGGUCGUCAUGUGCGGCGGCACCUCGCACACCCCACGCAUUGCCAACAACCUGCGCGGCAUCUUCCCCGAGACCACCGCCAUCCAGGCCCCUGCGACCUCGACAACGGCCAUCAACCCCUCCGAGCUCCAGGCGCGUGGCGCCGCCCUCCAGGCCUCGCUGAUCCAGGAGUACGAGGCUGCCGACAUUGAGCAGUCGACCCACCCGGCCGUUACCACCGUCAAGCACAUUGCGAACGCCGUCGGCGUCGUCACCGGGGAGAACGGUGACGUGUUCCUCCCUAUCAUGCCCGCCGAGACCGCCGUCCCCGCGCGCCGCACCGUCCAGAUCCCCACACCCGCCGAGGGCGGCGAUGUCUUGGUCCGUGUCGUCGAGGGCGGCACCCACAUCAAGGUCACCAAGCCGGAGCCCAAGCCCGCCAAGGAGGAGAGCGCCGACAAGGAAGAUGACGAGGACGACUCGGACUUUGACUCGGACGAGGAGGAGGAGGAGGAAAAGAGGGAAAAGAUCUGGAAGAUUGGCGGUGAGCUCGCCGAGGCGGCCGUCCGCGGCGUCAAGAAGGGCGGCAAGGUCGAGGUGACGAUCAACGUGGCAGCUGACCUGGGUGUUACGGUGACCGCGCGGGAAGUGGGCGCCAAGGGCGGUGUCAGGGGCCAGAUCUAG